AUGAAUUAUUCUGGACAAAACAUUACAUUUACUGACUUCAAACUGAAUGGAUUCUACAACCUAGGAGAAUGGAGGCCUUUGUUAUUCAUCCCUUUCUUUCUGAUGCUUCUUUUGUCUACUGCUGCUAAUUCUAUUCUUAUAUAUUUAAUCAAAUCACAAAGUUCUCUGCAUUCACCUAUGUAUGUACUAAUAGGUUUUAUGUCUCUUUCAAACUUAAUAAUGCCUAUAUCUUUUGUACCUCACAUGCUUCUUAAUUUUUUAUUUAACUGGAGUGGCAUAUCUCUGAACGGGUGUUUGAUACAAAUGUUUUGCAUUUACUUUACUGGAUCAUUUAAUUCUACUUUGCUUUUUUGGAUGGCAAUAGACCGUUACUUUGCAAUAUGCAAACCUCUUAAUUAUCAUACAUACAUGGAAAUCUGCAAUUUUGUAAAGUUUGUUAUUCCACCAGUAAUGAGAAAUGCUGUUUUGGUGAUUAUUAUGGUCUUUCUGGCUGGAAAACGUUCAUAUUGUACAAAUAUAAUUGAUCAUUCCCUAUGUGAACACAUGCCAGUGGUGCAGUUGGCAUGUGGUGAUAUAUCCAUAAAUAAUUUUGUAGGUCUUCUAAAUGCUUUUGUCAUACCGAUUACAGAUUUUUUUCUUAUUACUCUUUCUUAUGUUGUCAUUUUUAACUCAGUGUUCAAAUCUGGAAAGGCACAAAUGAAGGCCAUUAAUACCUGCAUUACUCAUUUAUUUGUUUUGACAGUUAGUUUGAUUUGUGCCUUGAUGGCAUUUUUGAUAUACAGAAUAAGGAAUAACAUUUCUUCCAACAGCCGUAUAUUCAUAAGCAUCUUAUAUUUACUUGGUCCAAGCUGUUGUAACCCAAUAAUCUAUGGAUGGAGAACUAAAGAAAUAAGACAGACAUUUUUUAAGUUUAUGAACAUAAAGGUCUUACCUUUUUUGGAUAAAUGA